AUGGCAGACCUCGCAUCGGCCCCCGUCCUCUCGACACCCGCCGAAAACCUUUUCGAGGACCCGACACCCGCGCCUCCGCCGCCUCCCUCCGAACCCCGAAGCGAAGAUGACCUCUUCUCAAUCUAUGAGAUCGAGCGCACGGCGCGUGAGUUGAAGGAGGCUGGCUGGACUCGUGUGGCUCUCCAGUUCCCCGACGCCAUGCUCCGCGACUCGUCGUGGGUAUCCGAGGCUCUGACGAAGGCCCUGGGAAGCGCCGACACCCACAAAGUCUAUAUCCUCGCCGACACCUCCUACAGCGCCUGCUGCGUCGACGAAAUCGCCGCCGAGCACGUCAACGCCCAGGUCGUCGUGCACUACGGCCGUUCCUGUCUCUCGCCCACCUCCCGUCUGCCCGUCAUCUACGUCUUUACGCGGCACACUCUCGACAUCGAGCAGGCCGCCGAGGCGUUCCAGAAGGAGUUCCCCGACAAAGAGAAGAAGGUGGUGAUUGUUGCGGACGUGACGUAUCAAGACCACGUCGUCCCGCUGUUCGAAAAGAUACAGUCGACAGGUUACACGCAGGUUCUGCGCACCGAGGUGAUUCACAACCCAGCUGGCACAAUCCCCAACCGCAAGAUCGUCAGCACAUCAUCAUCAUCAUCACCCGACGACGACAACGAAACGACCGAAGCCGAUCUCGCGCAGUACUCCCUCUUCCACAUUUCGACACCCCCGCCCGCGCUACUGCUCGCCCUCCAGACGCGCAUGUCCUCCCUUCAUGUGCUAUCUACCGCGAACCUCUCGACAGACGAUCCGACAAGGACGACGAAUGCGCUUUUGCGCCGUCGUUUCGCGCGUGUGCUUACGCUGGCGACGGCCGGCGUGGUCGGCAUCCUUGUGAACACGCUCUCCGUAUCAAAUUACCUCCCCAGCAUCGACCUCUUGCGCCGUCGCAUCGCCGAGGCAGAUAAGAAGAGCUAUACCAUUGUCGUGGGCAAAUUGAACGCGGCGAAGCUGGCCAACUUCGCCGAGGUCGACGGUUGGGUCGUGGUAGGAUGCUGGGAGAGCGGGUUAGUCGAGGAGGACGCCGGGUUCUUCAAGCCCGUCAUCACGCCGUUUGAGCUCGAGGUGGCGCUGAAGCCCGAGAGCGAGAGGGUAUGGGGCGUCGAGUGGUGGGGCGGUAUCGAGAAGCUGGACCACGACGCCGUCCGUAAGGAGGAUGAUGAAGACCUGGACGACGACGAAUCGGCGCCGCCCGAGUACGACUUGCGCACGGGUAAGCUUGUGAGCAGCAGCCGGCCGAUGCGGAUGCCGAUACGGUCGGCGAACGAAGCCAAGACGGAGACAGACGACGACGGCGACGACGACGACGGGGUGAAGCAAUCGGCGCAGUCGGCGCUAGUACGGAGGGAGGUGGGCGAGGUGGCGACCAUCAACGGCGUGUUGAGUCCCGGCGCGGAGUAUCUGCGGUCGCAAAGGACGUGGCAGGGCCUCGGGGCCGACUACGACGACGAGAGCAGCACCGUCGUAGAGGAGGGCAGGAGCGGUGUUGCGAGAGGAUAUACGGUUGGCGAGGACGCCAGCAGGUCGUAG